AUGCCUCCACGGACCCAGACUGAGGAGCCCAAGCUGGAGGAUGUACCAGUCAACAAGAUCACCAGUUUCAAUGGCAGUCUGCAGCAGUACCUACACGGGAGCAAUGCAACGCAAGAAACUACAGGGACACAGAGCAACGGUAUAUCAAAUCGGCGAACCGACACCACCAAAGACGAUCAAAAAAUAUCAACAAUCGACACCCUGCCACCUAGCACAAGUUCCAGCCCCAAGCGCAGGAAGGCUAUCACAAACGGUACCACCACAACAACCAAAAUCACCCAGUCCCGAUCCUCGUCAAACCCAACCGAAUCCCCUCCCAAACGCAGACGAAACAUCCCCCAACCAAAAAUCCCGACAGCGGGCCCAACAGCGGGCCCAACAGCAACAGAAUCCGCUCUCCGCGACACAAUCCCCAAAAACCUUCUCCUCCUCCUGGUAGGUGUAAACCCAGGCAUAAUGACCGGAAUAACGGGGUACGUCUACGCACACCCAUCAAACCUAUAUUGGAAACUGCUCUAUUCCUCAGGAAUAACACGCAUCCGCCACAUACCAGCGGACACCUACAAACUGCCCGAACUAUACAGCGUCGGCAACACGAACCUCGUGGAACGACCCACCCGCGACGCGAGCAUGCUCACGCGCGCCGAGAUGGACGCCGGCGUGCCGGUGCUUGAAGCGAAAGUUGCUGCGCAGAGGCCUGAGGCUGUUUGUCUUGUUGGGAAGAGUAUUUGGGAGGCUGUUUGGAGGGUUAGGCGUGGGAGAGGGAUUCGGAAGGAGGAGUUUCGCUAUGGGUGGCAGGAGGAGGCGGAGAAUAUGGGACGUGUUGAGGGUGAGGGUGGAUGGCCUGGUGCGCCGGUGUUCGUGGCUACUACUACUAGUGGGCUUGCUGCUGGGAUGAAGCCUGCGGAGAAGGAGGCUGUUUGGGCAGAGUUGGGGAGGUGGGUUGUGCGGAGGAGGGGGAGAGGGAAGGGUUGA